AUGAAGUUCUCCAUCAUCUCUACUCUUCUCGCCGCCACAGCCUCUGCUCUUCCCGCUGGUCAGGAUGCCGCUGCCCUCGAGGCUCGCCAGCUAGGCGGCAGCAUCACCCGCAACGACCUUGCCAACGGCAACAGCGGUUCAUGCCCUGGCGUCAUCUUCAUCUACGCUCGCGGCUCCACUGAAGCCGGCAACCUUGUUAGUGACCCUCCACCAACUCCCCCCAUGUUACAGAUCAUAACUAACUCUUUUAUGAAGGGAACUCUCGGUCCCCGCGUUGCUUCAAAGCUCGAGGCCAAGUACGGCAAGAACGGUGUCUGGAUCCAGGGCGUCGGCGGUGCUUACCGCGCUACUCUUGGCGACAACGCUCUUCCUCGUGGAACUUCGAGCGCUGCUAUCCGUGAGAUGCUGGGCCACUUCAACGACGCUAACCAGAAGUGUCCUGAUGCUGUCCUCAUCGCCGGAGGAUACAGCCAGGGUGCUGCUCUCGCCGCUGCCAGUGUCACCGACGUCGAUGCCGGUAUUCGUGAGAAGAUUGCUGGAGUUGUUCUCUUCGGAUAUACCAAGAACCUCCAGAACCGGGGAAAGAUCCCCAGCUACCCUGAGGACCGCACCAAGGUCUUUUGCAACACUGGCGAUCUCGUAUGCACUGGUUCGCUCAUCGUUGCUGCUCCUCACUUGGCCUACCAGAGAGAUGCUUCCAACGGUGCUCCCGAGUUCCUGAUCCAGAAGGCUGAUGCUGCUGGGGCCGCCUAA